CAAAUUUUGGAGGAAAACGCUAGCGUAGGCAACGGGUUCCACGUAUGACUCGAGAGUCAAAUUAGAAGUAAUGAAAAUCAAAGUUGAAUUAAAAUCACAGUAGAAGUGGCAGAGUCUAAGAGGAUAGGUGUGAUUGGCUUCACUAUUGAGACAGUUUGAUUUAUCCUUCGUAUCUUUCGCUCGUCUUUUUAGUUCGGUUCGGAGAUAACAAUAAUAUUGUGGCAGUGCCUAUGUUACUGUUUUAAAAUAAAAUAAAGAGAAAGUAUUUGUUCAGUUAAGUUUGUUGGUGUUGGUGGUUUCAAAUUUAGUAAUAGUAUUUGGGAAAGGAGUUGAAACCGAAGAGCGUGAGAUCCGAUUCGUGUUCUUAAUUACACGUUGACUUGCCGUUUUCAUUCGUCAAAUUCAAUCUGAUGCAUAUUCGGACCCAAAGACAUAGCGCUCUUUCUCCAUCCAAAUCUCGCAUUCCCAGUCUCAAACAUUCUCAAAUCAUGAAGACAACACAGAUUUUCGGUGUGUCUCUCUCGCUCAUUCUUAUCAACCUGGCCGCUAUCAUGGAGAAAGCCGAUGAAAAUCUUCUUCCAUCUGUCUACAAGGAAGUUAGCGAAGCAUUUAAUGCCGGACCAUCUGAUUUGGGUUACCUCACAUUCAUAAGGAACUUUGUUCAAGGACUAUCAUCCCCCUUGGCUGGAAUACUUGUUCUAAACUAUGAUCGCCCUGUAAUUCUUGCAAUGGGAACUUUUUGCUGGGCUUUAUCUACAGCAGCCGUUGCCGCUUGCCACGAUUUUAUGCAGGUUGCAUUCUGGAGAGCUAUAAAUGGCUUUGGUUUGGCAAUAGUGAUUCCAGCACUACAGUCUUUCAUUGCUGAUAGCUACAAGGAUGGUGUGAGGGGAACUGGAUUUGGAUUAUUAAGCCUUAUUGGUAACUUAGGAGGCAUAGGAGGCGGUGUUUUGGCCACAGUCAUGGCUGGGAAGCAGUUUUGGGGGAUACAAGGGUGGCGAUGUGCUUUUGUUUUGAUGGCAACCUUGAGUGCAUCGAUUGGACUCCUUGUUUUACUUUAUGUGGUUGAUCCAAGAAAAAGAUCUACCACCAUUCAUGAUGCUACUGACAGUUUAGAUAGGGAUGAAGGUAUCUAUAAAGGCAAUGCAAGUGCAGCAUCAAUAUGGAUGGACUCUUGUGCUGCCACAAAAGCUGUGAUCAAAGUGCAAACAUUUCAAAUCAUUGUGUUACAGGGCAUUAUUGGGUCACUACCAUGGACUGCCAUGGUGUUCUUCACAAUGUGGUUCGAACUAAUUGGGUUUGAUAAUAACAGUUCAGCAACACUCCUCAGCCUUUUUGCUAUUGGAUGUGCAAUGGGGUCCUUCAUGGGUGGAUCAAUAGCUGAUCAACUGUCACAAGUGUACCCUCAUUCUGGUCGAAUCAUGUGUGCGCAGUUCAGCGCCUUUAUGGGCAUUCCAUUCUCAUGGUUUCUCCUUAAGGUGAUCCCUCAGUCUGUAAGUAGUUACCUCACCUUUUCUGUCACCCUGUUUCUGAUGGGUCUAACUAUAAGCUGGAACGGUUCGGCUGCAAAUGCCCCUAUGUUUGCUGAGGUAGUCCCCGUCAAACAUAGGACCAUGAUUUAUGCAUUUGAUCGAGCUUUCGAAGGCUCGUUUUCCUCGGUUGCGGCUCCACUGGUUGGAAUUCUAUCUGAGAAAAUAUUUGGCUACAAUGCAAAGUCUGUUGAUCCUAUUAAAGGAUCUUCACCGGAGGCUCUGGCUUUGUCCAAGGGUCUUCUUUCAAUGAUGGCAAUUCCAUUUGGAUUGUGCUGUUUGUGCUACACACCACUCUACUACAUAUUCAAGCGGGACCGCGAAAAUGCUAGAAUGGUCGCUUUGAAAGAGCAGGAGAUGAUGAUUUGAGAGUCAACUGGUUGUAUAGUUAAUAUUGGUUGAUCAUGUGAAACUGUCCACUGUUUUUGAGACUUGCGGUGUCUCAAUUGGACUUUAAAUCAACGCUAUCACCUUUUGCAGUAACUCAACAUUUGGAAGCUGAAACCAUCUCCAAACAAUAUAAUGACAUCAUUUGUCCUUUUAUAUUGGAGGCUUCUUACUGAUGAAGGAACUCCUUCACUCUUGAGAUGACAAAUCUGGCUGGGAGGAUCAGAAAUUUGUUCCGGCGCUUAUAAUAUUCUUGCGAUGGCAAUUAUGGCUUGAACUGAUCAGAAAUUUUCAAUAGGUUCUUUAGCUAACACCAUACCAAAUUGAGGAUAUGUAACUUGUGGUCACUGUUAAUUGAUAAUAUCAUUGUGUUAUCCUCCUGUGUUUUUGCACUCUGUAUACACAAUUAUACUUUUAUGUUUUGGUCACUGCUGAAAUUAAUAACUUCACUCGGCCUAUCGACAAAAACCUCAAAAAGAAAUUUCAUUGUAUUCAGCUUAAUAGCUGCAUGAUUUUAGGGAAUUUCACAUCUAUUCACCUUGUUUAUGUAUUAGAUAUACUUCACAUUUCACACCCAUAAAAGGCUUCUGAGCCCUUUCGGGAUAUGCUACGCAGAUGGAGAGACAAGGAAAAUAGUAAACAAUAAAUCAAACAGAAAAUGCAAGGGAGAUAAGAGACAAGUAUUGAUCACCGAACCCAUUUUCUGCUUGGUCCCCUUUAGAAUAACAUUUCAUUGUCAACACUCAAUUAACGCACAGAAGUUACAAUAGCAUUCCAUCUGUUUGGCUUUAAGAUGCGCUUGGUGGUCUUUGCAAGGAAAAUAACAGACUGAUGAAAGGAAAAUCCCAAUUUUAGAAUCAAUUUUACAAACCAUGGGCCUUCAAAGCAUUGAUAGUAAAUUUUAACAGGCGUCGAGCUUCAGUCUAGAUACAGCGUGGGAAAAAGGUUUGCCCCACAUAUCCACCAGCCAUGGCCCUCCUCACAU